GCGGUUGCCGGCCCCGCGGUCUCCAGGGCCCGCCUGGCCGAGGGGCGGGAGGGUGCGGAGGCCGGCCGGGCGGCUCCAACCAGCCGCGGAGCCCUCGGAACGCCGACAUGAAUCCGGUGGUGGUAGUCCACGGAGGCGGGGCCAGCAGUAUCUCCCAGGACCGGAAAGAGCGAGUGCGCCGGGGCAUCGUCCAAGCCGCCACGGUGGGUUACAACAUCCUCAAGGAGGGAGGGAGCGCAGUCGAUGCGGUGGAAGGAGCCGUGGUCGUCCUCGAAAAUGACCCCGAGUUCAACGCAGGUUGUGGCUCUGUGUUAAAUGUAAAUGGUGAAGUCGAGAUGGAUGCUAGCAUCAUGGAUGGAAAAGAUCUGUCCACAGGAGCAGUAUCUGCAGUCCGCUGUAUAGCAAAUCCCAUUAAACUUGCGCGUCUUGUUAUGGAAAAGACACCUCAUUGCUUUCUUACUGACCAAGGUGCAGCAAAAUUUGCAGCUGCCAUGGGGAUUCCAGAGAUUCCUGGAGAGCAACUGGUAACAGAAAGAAGUAAAAAGCACCUGGAAAAAGAGAAGCUUGAAAAAGAUGUUAAAAAUUCAGACUGUGAAAACCCCCAGGGAAGUGCUUCUCCACAUCUCUUGCCUUAUGCCUUGGAAGCAAAAGGCCACCUGAAUCCAGAAACUUGUGGAUUGUGCCGCAGCUGAAAUCAGAAAUGGACACUGCUUUGAAGUGUGGGGAGGUUUAAGCAGCAAAAAGUCAUAGACUAUUGAGAAUGACUAUAAGUCAAGAUUUUGAUAGAAAAAGAAACUAACAUGGAGCUCAGAAAAGAAUAAAGAAGCAGAAGUCUUCAAAGAAGUGAUCUGCUUGCAUUUUUAAAACCUGGAAAUGGUAAAAGUAAACAGUCUCUGUCCAGGCUGAGCCACACAAAAUUCACAAACAGGUCCUUAUAGAUUCUUGGUUAAAUGAAGAUUUAAUUUCUUGUCAAAACAAUGAAAAUUAAUGAGAAAAUUAUUCUCUCCAAAUCCACAACUUGAACAGGUCAGAUGAAAUCCCUACAACUUUAUAUCCUUUACUAAAGGAAGAUUUAAUUGCUGAUCACAAUCAAUCAGACACAUGAAAAAUCACACAUGCAGUCACUAGAACUGGAAUAAAAAGACUGAAUAAAUGACAAACAAUUGAUAAUACUAGAAAAAGACAACAAUAUAAAACAUUGAAGUGUAGUGUUCUUGAAAGGAUAAUGUAACGUGCCCAGUAUUUAAGCCAAGACUGAUGAUGCUUUUCAUGGCACCAUCAGCAUGAUGUUUACAGAAAACAAUGGAAAAUUUCUAGAUUUAGUAAAAAUUAUUUCA